UGAGGCACUGCACUCGUGACGCUGUGAAGGCUGCAGCAGCGCGUGGCUGCGACGUUUUAUUUGCGAGUGUUUGUUUCAGCCGCCGUCAGUAGACAUCAUGGAGACUAAACCUGUCAUCACCUGCCUUAAAACACUCCUCAUCGUCUAUUCCUUCGUUUUCUGGAUAACGGGGGCCAUCUUGCUGGCAGUAGGAGUAUGGGGCAAGUUGAUGCUGGGCCCUUACAUCUCGCUCAUAGCCGACAACUCCACCAAUGCCCCUUAUGUCCUCAUCGGCACCGGGACUGUCAUCGUCGUGUUCGGCCUGUUUGGAUGCUUCGCCACGUGCAGAGGAAGUCCAUGGAUGCUGAAACUGUACGCCAUGUUUCUGUCGCUGGUCUUCCUCGCUGAAUUGGUGGCGGGGAUUAGCGGAUUUGUCUUCCGCCACGAGAUAAAGGGAACCUUCCGCAGGACGUACACCGACGCCGUGCUCAACUACAACUCUGAGGACGAGGCGAGCCGCGCUGUUGACAACCUGCAGCGCAGACUGCGCUGUUGCGGCGUGUACAACUACACCAGUUGGUUUGCCAGCGUUUAUUACCCGCCCAAUGGCAUUCCCGCCAGCUGCUGCAUGAACAACUCAGACUGCAACCCAGUCGACCUCCGUAACGCAACCGUGGCCCCCAACAAAGUUUACCACCAGGGAUGCUACGAGCUGGUCACUUCCUUCAUGGAGACCAACAUGGCCAUCAUCGCAGGCGUGACGUUCGGCAUCGCCUUCUCUCAGCUGAUUGGCAUGUUGCUGGCCUGCUGUCUGUCCAGGAUCAUCACAGCCAAUCAGUAUGAGAUGGUCUAGCUGACGUCGCACGGCAGUGAGAUGAAGAGAAGAUAACAAAGACAGCGACACACGACAGUACUUUCUUUCCUUCCACUAAUACUAAUCACACAUCUCUCUCCGUCUCGCUGCCUGCCUGACAUCCCAUCAUGUUUAUAUCUACCUUACUGGAAAGCAUCAUUCCCACUCACAAAGCUUUGCGUGCCACACACCACACUGUCACCUCACUGCGACUGCACUCCAUACGCUUUUUGUACACCACGACAUCAGUGAUGCUCGUUGUAGCAGUAGUGCUUUGGUAGGUUAGUCAUGCACCUGUCCAUUGGUCACUGUUUUCCUUCAAUUCACGGAAUAUACGAUUGGGUCAAUCUGCUCGUAGACACCAGGGGGUGCUGUUGGACUACAAUCUCAGAUUUUGUUUUUGCUCAUUGCUAGUAUUCUGUAUGAAAUUUACGAGAAGAAUACAAGGAAGGAUAAGCGCCAACAGUGAGUUUAAAAAAAAAAAAGUGAAAUUAUUAAAACUAGCAUAAAUUGGUAAGUUUUGGUACUAAAUUGGCACUAAGAUUAGGACUUUUUUUGUCACAAUAUUCAUUCUUAAAAACAGUUCCAAUACACACAUUUUUUCUUUAAUUAAUGAUCUAAUAAUUACCAUUUUUUUAGAUUAUGACUCCAAACAAGUAAUAUUGCCAUUUUUUUCCACAUAAUAUCCAAAUUUAUUUUUUGAAAAACAUUCCGACUUUGCUUCUGGAAAUAAAGGCGGAAAAUGCACAGUUUUUUUUUGGUCUUGCGAUACUACGACUUUAUUUUCAAAAUGACAUCAUCUCUAGUAAUAUACGACUUUAUUCAAGAAAAAUUCUAACUUGGUUUCUCAUAACAGUACGAUUAAAUUGUCGAAAUGACGACAAUAUACAACAUAUUUCUUGUAGGCAUAUUACUUUAUUUUGAAAUGGCCUUACGUUAUGUAGGGUUUCUUGCGGUAUUACAACUUUGUACUGAAAAGGCAGAAAACGCACAGCUUUUUUUUCUUCUGUUACUACAACUUUAUUUUCAAAAAGACGACAUCUUUCAUAAUAUACGACUUCUUUUUUUUUUUUUUCAAGUACAAUUUUAUUCUACUGACGACUUCUCUCGUAACGUACACUUUUUUUCCCCUCAAAAUAUGACUUUAUUUGUGAUCAAUUCUAACUUGAUUUCUCAUAAUAGUACAAAUUGAUUAAAAAGACGACUUCACUUCCAACAGACAACAUAGAACUUGUCAUAGCGCUUCUUUCUUUCCAAAAUGCCUUUUUCGUCUUGUUACAGCUUUAUUCUCCAAAAAUGACGAACCAACGUUCCGUCUAUUUCUCAUCAUAUUUUUACUUAUUUUCUAAUAGUUACUAUGUUUUUUUGUACUGACGUUUUUCUUGUAAUGUCACAACUCUAUUUAAUAGUUUUUACUUAUGACAGUUAAGACUAUAUUGAAUAAAAUCACAAAUUCCUCAUCAAAUUGCAACUUUUUGUUCCAUAAAAUUGUGACUGGAUCCAACUUGAUUCUCAUAGUAAUUUGUUUUUUCACUGAUUAAACUACUCAGUUAUUAUUUAAACUACAAAUAUUUGACCCCCAUCUGAAAUAAGAGUGAGUUUUAUUCAAGAUGUGCAUUUGAAAAGAUGAUUGACUAAAUGUUAUCAUAGUCAGAUCGAGUCAAUAAGUGCGCAGUGUUCUGUGUGGUGCACCGACACGCCACUUCCAUCAUCAUCAUGUCAUCAUAUCUGUAGAUAAGUACUGUAAAUGUAAUUUAUAAUAAUGUUGUAAUGUUUUUCAUUCUAAUAUGCUGACUGGUGAAUCUGCUGUUUAGCUGUAUUUGUUUGCACUGAUCAAUAGUUGUGGCCGAUGAUGUUAUGAAGUAGACUACUAGUAGAGUUUGGCAUUACAGCUUUUUACCACGUGAUUUUCUUUUUUCCCUCAAUAUGUGUUGGAUUGUUUGGGAUGAUUUUUUUCUCCCCUGAAUUUCAGUAUUUUCCUCGUGUGACGUACUAAAGUUACUUAGUGAAAUAUUGUGUUUUAUUUCAUUUUUUGGUCAGAAUUUGGUGUUUUUUUUCCUUUUUGGUGGGACAUACUACGACUUGCCAUGGAAGCUGUGUUUAUUUGAGUGAUUUUCAUGUUGUUGACUUGUAAAUACUAAACUGUAAUGCCAUCCAGCUUGCACAUGGAGUCGCCAGACACUCAAAAACUACACCAUAAUGUCUACUAUUAAUUGACAAAGUCACCAUCAGUGGUCUUAUUAUUAUUAUCAAUAAACUGACAAAAUGGAA